CCCCACAACCCCCUUUGACUGACUUCGUUGGUUAAACUUGGUUCACCAUACCCGGUUCUACGACUCUGCGAGGAAUUUUCAAGAAGAAGAAGCUUCUCAGCUGACAUUCAUAAACAAACACCAUGAGUUCCAUACCUGAAAAUGCACCAGGCCAUUGCCCUGGGACUAACAGCGAAGAUGCAGGCAAAGCCUCUGCAUGUGCUGGUUGUCCAAACCAACAAAUAUGUGCAUCAGGUGCAACAAAGGCACCUGACCCAGAUUUGGAUGCAGUAAAGGAACGUCUUGAAUCGGUGAAGUACAAGAUAUUAGUUUUGUCUGGGAAAGGUGGAGUUGGAAAAUCAACUGUCACAGCUAUGAUUGGUCGAGCCUUGGCUCUAGAUGAAUCUAAAGAAGUUGGUGUUUUGGAUAUUGAUAUCUGUGGCCCAUCUCAACCUAGAGUUUUGGGGGCACUAGAGGAGAAAGUACACUCAUCAGGAACUGGUUGGUCACCCAUUUAUGUUGGUGAAAAUUUGGCUGUAAUGUCAAUAGGAUUUCUUUUGAAUAGUAAGGAUGAUGCAGUCAUCUGGAGAGGCCCCAAAAAGAAUGGUAUGAUCAAACAGUUUCUACGUGAUGUUGAUUGGGGUACUUUAGAUUAUAUGGUUAUUGACACACCUCCUGGCACAAGUGAUGAACAUCUAAGCAUUGUUCAGUAUUUAUCAGCUGCCCCUCCAGUAGCUGCUAUUAUUGUUACAACACCACAGGAAGUUGCACUUCUGGAUGUCCGCAAAGAAAUAACUUUUUGCAGGAAAGUUAAUAUACCAAUAAUUGGUAUUGUAGAAAAUAUGACUGCAUUUGUGUGCCCAAAGUGUAAGACUGAAACAGAAAUAUUUCCACCAACGACUGGAGGUGGACAGCAACUUGCAGCUGAUUUUAACCUACCAUUGUUGGGAAGGCUGCCACUGGAUCCAAGGAUUGCAAAAGCAUGCGACCAUGGAGAGAAUUUCUUGACUGAAGUACCAGAUUCACCAGCAACUGUAGUAUACAAGGAAGUAGCACAGCGUAUUGUGGAAUUCUGUCAUGGCCAGUCUUAGCAGUAGCAUAACUUUUUAAGCUGAUAAGUCUCAAAUAUAUUUUUUGUUGGUAUAUAGUAUUGGUAUAUAGUUCAAUAUUUUUUCUAAAACAUUUACAUAAUUUUUGGUAAUGUAAAGAAACAAAUUCUUCUAGAAAUAAAUGAGUAGGUAUAAAAGUCUCCUUCAGUUCCUCUCAUAGGUGAACUACUUUAGUAAAGUAGUAGUACUCUUCAACCACAAUAGGUUUGUCAUGUUUGCAUUUAGGCCCACUGAAUUUUUCAGUUUGCACAACAUUGUAAUGAUGGAGGAUAUAUAGUGAGAUUUUUGAAAUCCGUCUCCUGAUUGUUUAAAUUGGGUUUAUGUUCCAUGUUCCUGCAUUUAAUUUACAUUGUACUUUCAUGUUUCUGACAGUUACUAGUAUCUUGGCAGGCUUAUACUUAGAUAACAUUCAAGGAAUUUUAACAUUUUCAGUGUAAAAUUGUGAUGUGUUUGGUACCAAAUCAAAAUAUGUUUCUUGGAAGGACCUGACAGCAGUUUGGUAACACUUCACCAUUACUUUAUUCUUGGUGGUCACACAAUUCUGUGAUUGAAAGACUUGCCAGUAGCUUGGUAACAUGUUAACACUACAGUACGUAGCUCUUGGUGUUUACACAAAUUAGUGAGCAAGUUUAGCAGUUCAUAUGUACGUUUGAACAGCAAAAAGAUGUUUAGGGAUACAGUAUGUAAAAUAUUGGUUUGUUCUGCCAGUUUAAAUUUUAGUUAAUAAUUAGUGGUUGUUUUAAGAAUACAUGUUCUGAUUUAUGUGAUUGUAAAGCGAACAAGUCAUUCCUUUCAUAGUUUUUCACUGGUUUAAAGUGGGAGUUAUUCAUGUACUUGAAUAGUAAAAACAUUCUGUUUCCUAGAAGGAGAGAGGUCUCUUUCAGAUGAGGUGAGAAACUAUAAUCUCUCAUGCUCCCUGAACAGUAUUCAUGAGUACAGUUACAUAUUAUAGUAGUCGUUUUAUUGGUAACUAUGCCAUCCCAUAGGUAAGUUAUUUUGGCAUGAACACUUAUCAGUCAGUUGGAUUUUGGUAUUUGCUGGCUUAUUCAGCUCAGGCAUGGGCAACUCCCAUUUUGCAAAAAACCAAACAGGAAGUAAAACUGAUGAACCAAAAGUAAAUUCUAUAAAAUUAAUCAAAACAGUACGUAUAAUCAGUUCCCAAUAUUGACACAGAGAAGUUAUGUCAAACAUACCAAAAACAAAAUCUAACACAAAGGAAAAUAGCUAAAAGUGAAAUGAAAUAUUGAAAAUUAUGGCACAAUAGUGGCAGCACGAGUAUUGUAAUCCACAGGUUGUGACAGUGAAGAUAGUGACUAUGUGGAGUCACACAGAAGAAUGAAGAGUUGAAGCCGAUUGUCAAAUGUGGAUCUGGUCAUGCAUAUUGGAGGCUUCUCAGUAUCCAAUGGUGCAAGCUUGUGCAACAGGGUUUCCAUUCCAUGCAAGUAAAGUAACAUACUGUAUAUGAUUAAUAAAUUUUGUAGUUAAAUGCAAGCCUUGUUAUAUAAAACUUUUUUUGUCAUGAUUAGAAGCAAACUUAGUAGAUUAUCCAUUUAUGUAUGUGCAUAACUACCAUCUUUUCUCUCUUGUGCAGUUUAUGAAGAAGUAGAUUCACCACGUAGCACAUGAAUGAACAACAGAAAUACCUUGGCUAGACAGUUCUCAAAUUUACAAUUUUUAAAACAAAAUUUGAAUCCUUCCAAAAAUAAUUGUCAAACUGGGAUCUUUUUAUUACUUUACCAAGAUCCAGGUAGGUGCUUGCUAUGUACAAAACAUCAUUUAAAUCAAUUAACUACUGUGUAGAGUAGAAACAAUUAUAAAUCUCAGUUUUUGCCAACAAUAUUGCAUUAUGAUGUCAAAAUGUCAAAGCUAGGCCACAGCAACUCAUCCAAAAGCAUAUUAAGUGCAAAUUAGAUGUAAAUAUAAUGGACUUAAUUUAACCAGUUAAGCAUCACUAUUAGGAAUCAUCACCACUCCCAUAUCAUCACAUUUUCUUGCUCACAGAGUGGUCAUUUACUAGUUUAUGCUGGUUUUUAUGCUUUUAUAUGAAUUCUGUUUUACAUUGAUGUUUUUUGUGUAAAUAUAUUGGGAUAUUAUAUAAUGUAAGAUAAGAUAAAAGAAUUUAUUUUGAAUUUUCGUUUACGUUUGUAUCAUACUGUUUUUGUACACGUGAUAUUCUAGGCAAACUUUCUAUAUAUUCAUCUAGAGACUGCUUGGCAAAUCCAUCCAUUUCUGUUACAUUGUGCUUCAUGACUUCAUAAAAAAACUUUUUUAAAAACUCCAAA